AUGGUGGUCAUUAUUUUCCUCAUCGAGCUGAUGAGUAGCAUUAGAAGAAGAUACAUUUACUUAGACAGUAAAGUAGCAAACGUACUUUCCAUUUACAACAGCGUAAUAGACGAAAGAAUAUGCGAUAAAGAAGUAAAAGAAAUUAAGGUGAUAUAUGGAAUACUCAAUGAAAUUAUGGAUAAGGUCAACGUUAAAUUUGGACGGUAUAUAUUUUUCAUACUGGGAACCCUGCUACUGAAUAUGCUGAACACUUUCAACUGGUUUUUCUUUUAUGUUAAAACGAAUAAUCUGGAAAUUCAUCCGAGACAGGAGUUUGCAGAUUCAUUUUUGGAUCCCUUGAUCAAUUGUAUCUGUUUGGCUGGAAUCGUCAUGUCGUGCGACAGAGUUGAAAGAUGUGGCCAGGACAUAGUCAGAACUUGCUACAAACUUCAGGGACAAGUGGACAAGGGCCCUUUGAGAGAUGAGCUGGUUUUGCUAACGAGAUACGUAGAAGGUCUCGCUCCGAAAAUAUCGGCUUGGGGCUUCUUUCAAGUAAACCAAAGGCUGCUUUGCGGUUUGUUCGCCACUUUCGCGACCUAUCUGAUCAUUAUUCUACAGUUUAGGAAAGUCUAG